AUGUUUGAUUUGCAAGCUGAAACAACAAAAUUCAAUUGUAUUUUCAACAAACAAAACUACGGGUUGUACAAAUCGUCCAAUACAUAUCCGUACCCGCGGACACAUUCUCUAGUGGUGGUACCAUCGACAAGACCGAUUGCCCCAGAAGACGAUGAUAAUCAGUCAACGUCGGUCAGUCGACCAAAGCCUCGUCCACCGCUUAAUCGAGCUAUACCACCAAUACCCGAAUCACGGUCCAAUGAUUCCAUAAUGACGCAAGCAUCUGAGCGGAAGAUAUCGGUAGCCGAAAACAAUACUGCAGUAGUGAUUUGUGACACUCAAACUACCUCAGUGAACGAUGUUGCUAACGGGUCCUCAAAAGCAGCUAAAAAUUUGGUUAAGCAAAUAAGCACAGAAAAAUGUGUAGAUGAUGACUAUUCGCUUGUGAUUGAGAAUAAGUUAGCACAAAAUCUGGCUGCAAAAAAUCCCGUAUCAAUCACGGCAAAGAAGAGUCGUCUAUCCGAAACACCAAAAAGCCCAUUGAUGAGUGUGGCACACUCUGUUUUGUCUAAGUUGGGUAAUCGGUUUGGGCGGAGUGAAACUCGACCAAACCUUAGAACAACGACGAGCAUGUCCAGAUUUGAACUGUAA